CCAGACAAGGAAGAAGAAAAAUGAAAACAGGAAUAACGGCCUGACGCAGUUACUGGGUGAUUCUGUGCAUUAGGAUAUACCUUAAAGUAAUGGUUAACUGUAACGGACUUUGGAUGCUGCGGUCCAAAAUCUCCUCGCCGGUGAACAAGAUCUGUGUUUUAAACACGGACAGCAGGUAGUAGCGACUGUUGGAGCUGUUAGCGUCAAUCACCGUGCUUUUAUUCCGUUAGGAGAAAUGCAACGACCGCCGAGCUACACUUAUCUCUGAACUCAAUCUAUGGGCACGAAACUCCACUUUUACCGCUGAAUAGUGCUCUGUAUUUAAACGAUUUAGCCUUUAUUAUAAGCAAUGGCGAACGACUUUGUAAAGACUUUUAUUAAGGUAUGUAAAAAUCUACAAGACCCCUGUCAUGUAGCGAGGUUUCAACAACUAUGCGGUGUUAAAGGGACAUUUCCGGAUAAAGCGACCAAGCCGGACAGUGGACGGUCUGAGCAGGACUGUCCCGGGCUGAGGAAGAGGAUCCAAAGCUCGGAUGUUAUGGUUGGGAAUGGAGCAGCUGGGGACGCGACCUCAGCGCAGGUUAACGGGGUGCAGGGUGACAACGCUGCCCGGCCUGAUGGUGCAUCAUCGGCGGCUAAUGUCGACCCAGACACCGCCAGAGCGAAACCCCUCCGGAGAAACUCCCUGACUGGAGAUGUGGGUCAAGAGUUCCUGAUCCACAACAAAUUCCUCUUCUACCUGUUUACGUUUGGGACUGAGCUGGGCAACGAGAUGUUCUUCAUCGUCUUCUUCCCAUUCCUCUUCUGGAACAUCGACGCCCUGGUCAGCCGCAGACUAAUCGUAGUGUGGGCCUGGAACCUGUUUGUGGGACAGUCCACCAAGGACAUGGUCCGCUGGUCCCGACCGGCUUCUCCUCCUGUGGUGAAGGUGGAGGUCUUCUACAACUCUGAGUACAGCAUGCCAUCCACACACGCCAUGACAGGGACGGCCAUCCCUUUCUGUCUCUUCAUGCUGACGUAUGGACGCUGGGAGUACUCCUUCCUCUUCGGCUUAUCUGUGGCUCUCAGCUGGAGCGUCCUGGUCUGUGUAAGCAGAGUCUACAUGGGGAUGCAUUCCAUUCUGGAGGUAAUUACUGGCUUCCUCUACAGCCUUCUUAUUCUCGCCUUCUUCCAUCCAAUUCUGGACAAGAUCGACAACUUCUACAUGACAAACCACUAUGCUCCUCUUGUGAUCAUCAUGUCACACGUGAGUCUGGGACUAGUUGCCUUCUCCCUGGAUUCCUGGAGCACCUCUCGCGGUGACACAGCUCAAGCUUUGGGCACAGGAGCGGGAGCUGCUUUGGCCUCACAUGUGAACCACCACCUGGGGCUGAUACUGGAUCCACCUCUGUCCUCACUUCCUCUUACUUUACCGCCGCUCAGCAUCAGCAUGGUGGCUCUGUCCCUGCUGCGCUUCGUCAUUGGAGUCGCCGUCAUCCUCAUUACCAGAAUGAUCAUGAAAGCAUUAACCAUCCCGUUGUUGUGCCGACUGUUUGGGCUGCCGUCAGAUGACGUAAGACAGGCAAGGCAGCACAUGAAAGUAGAGUUGCCGUACCGUUACAUUGUCUAUAGUGUUGUUGCUUUAAGUUGUAUCAGUGUGGUGCCUCUCCUCUUUAGGAUCUUAAACCUUGCCUGAGUGUUUUGUGCAAACUGUCAUUUACUGCUGACGUGUUCACCAACAUAAUGAAGGCAAACAGCUAUUACAGAAAUAUGCUGCUCAGACUAAAUUAAAGGAUACAUAUGGUGAUAUUCUAUAGUUUUAAGGUUGUGCCAUAGAGCAUAAUUAUGGCCUGUGGCUUAAAAAUGAUAAACAGAAAAGAGCCACACUUUUGCACUGGGUGACAUGUUCCUUCAUUAUGGUGAACUUGACCAUUGUAGUUUUUCUGAGAUGAUCCCACACCAUUUUCAUCACACCACGUGCAUCAUCUGAGGAUGAAGAAGACCCCCCAAAAAUACAGUAUUUAUAUCUGUUUCAGUAUUAAUGUUGAAAAUAAUCAAGAAAAUUAUUUGGUCUUUAAAAUUUUAAGUAUUUAUUUAUCACCCAUUUUAAUAAAUUUUAGUCUUCAUUAGGAACUUGUGGGUUCUGUGCCAGGGCCAAAGUCUAAAGGAAAUCAGUAAGCACUGAGAGACUGAUUUCAAUAUUUUAGUUUUUUUAAUUGUUUUUUUUUUCUUUUUUUUUUUUGAUGAUAUCAGCAAUAUAGAACAUCACCAGCCUUAUCCUUUAAGAGGCAACACUUUAAUGUGUUAACUGGAACUUUAAAAGACAGAAUCUAUCGGAUGUACUGUAAUGAUGCUUGCAUUCAUUAUUGAGGAAUAUAUUGCACACUUCCAUCGUUUGAUCAGAAAAUGUGAUGAUAUCUUAUCAGAGAUUUCCAUGCUCUAAUAAUAAACCAAACCAUGAAUCAGUAAUGUGUGAAACUACUACACUUCUCAUUUGUUGCUGUGCUGCCUGAAAGCGAUAAAAUACUUAAGGUGUUUAAGCUCAAGGGCGUCAGGGUAGCUAAAAAAAUCUCUAUUUAAAUCUUUACUUUUUUUUCCUGUCUUUGAAAAGGCCUGUUGUUUCAUCACAUUUUUUUACAUUAUCAUAGAAUUAUCUUGUCGCCUUUUUGUACAUCUUUUUGCUUUUUUUUGAAAACCAUUUGUAUUUUGGGUCCUAAUGUAAGUUAAGAGAUAAUCAUUUGAAUGCAUUGAAUUAAAAGGAUAUGUAUUUUUGAUGAAGUAUUUUGCCAUUUAAACUAACUUGAGCUGAGCUCUUGCUCUAGAAAAAUCUAAACUUAUAUCGUUCAUACUUGAUUUUAAAGUAUUUCGUUUAGGAACGAUUCCUGCUGCACCCACAGUGUAUAAAACACUUGUCAAAGUGUCGUUUGUUAUCUGCUGGUGUAAUUUUCCAAUAAUGCUUUACUCCUAUACUAAUGAAUAAGCAUUUAUACUCAUAUCUUCAUCCAGUAGUUAUGGAAAUGUAUAGCUCAGUUAUUACCAUCCAUUCUCCCAAUUUUUUCUGUCAAGGAAAGACUGUAUGUUAUGGAAAAAUAUGCAAACAAGGAGAAUAAAAUAUUACAAAAACA